AUGUGUUCAUGGUAAAAUUAGGGAUUGUUGAAUAUCAUUCGAAAGAUCAAAAAGUCAGAAAAGGAAUUGAGAAUUCUAGUCUUAGGAUUAGAUAAUGCCGGUAAAACUACUAUUCUGAAGGCUUUGUCUAACGAGGACAUCAAUCAAAUUGCUCCCACACAUGGUUUUAAUAUCAAAAAUUUGUAACACGAAGGAUUCAAAUUGAAUGUUUGGGAUGUUGGAGGUCAAGAAAAACUACGUGAAUAUUGGAGCAAUUUCUAUGAAAACACAGAUGCUUUGGUGUUUGUUAUCGAUUCAUCAGAUUAAAUGCGUUUGGAAGAGGGAGGCAAGGAAUUGGACAAACUAUUAGGAGAGGCUGAAUUAAAGAAGGUGCCCCUUUUGGUAUUUGCAAAUAAAUAAGAUUUGGUGCAAGCUCUUCCCGCAGAUGAGAUCUCUGAUAGUUUGAAAUUAAAUAAAAUUACAGAUAGAUAAUGGUCGAUUGUCGCAUGUUCAGCUAAAACCCAGGAAGGAUUACAAGAAGGAAUGGAAUGGCUUAUUAAGACAGUCUAAGACAAAUGAAUAUUAAUAAUAAAUAUUAUUAA